AUGAAACAUUUUUGGAAAGGCAGCGUUUAUGUAUUCUUUGCACUAACGUAUUUGGCGCUUUCUCUUGAGGCUCUAAAUAUAUUCAGUGUUCAGAAAGAUUUGGACUCUGGAAAAACAGGUCUUGAAGGAAACCUUGCAGCAAAUGAAAUGGCAAAAAGCGAUGAAUCAUAUGCACCAGCACUUAGACAAACAUUAUCAAAGAGAAAAAUUGAGAUAUUUGUGAGUCUUGCGGUACAUACCAUGCACUUACUUGCAUGUAUUAUGUUCUUUGCAACAAGUGCAAGGAAUAAAAGUUUGAAGCUGAUGGACAAGCUGUUUGGCAACAUCUUCAAACUAGGACUUGUGUUUUUAACAUUCAUGUUGAGCAUGCUGAUGAUAGACAUGAUAUUUGACUAUACUGUUGCAUUUCUUGGUAAAAACCCACCAUUUGGAACAGUGCUGCUGAUAUGCCUUUGUGCAACUGUGAUUGUUUUACCAGUGUUUGUGUUUAUAUCUACAAAGUUAUUGAGGAUAUUUGACAUUACCUUCAUAAUAGCAUGCUACCUGUCAUACUUUGCAUUGGAGAUAUUGGAGGUCAUAUUUAUUUCAGACGUGAACUCUGCCAAAAUGAUCAAGGUGGCACCAGAAAUGUUUUCGGAAAGCGUACAGAUGGUUGUGAGUGAGCAGGGAUUGUCUGAAUCCAUAUACAGAGAAAGAAUAGCUGGAAAUGAUGUGAAUGCAGCACUUAUAGGGAUUGGAAGUGAAGAAAGGAUAGAGAUAUAUGGAAGUAUACAAGACAUAGAUAAAAAAGAGUUAGAGUCCAUAAUGAUGCAUGAGGCAGGCCAUUCGUACUACAAUAGCUUAGCAAAGAAGAUCCUCGUGUUUUUCCUACUUUUGAUUACCGAGAUGGGGAUUUUGGUUUUUAUAUUUAACAAGUAUACAGACAAAUUUGUAUGUGAAAACAUUACAAAGGAGUGUUCAUUUGUUGCUUUAGCAUGCAUUUACUUUGUGUCUGUACGGCCAUGGAUAUUUAUUCUAUACAAUCUUACAUCUCAAAGCACAGAGAUAUCUGCAGACAUUCUUACAAAGAAGUACAACUAUAAUGAUACACUAGCGAGUGUUUUGUACAAAAUAUCUAUACAAUCUUUUGAAUUUCUAGCGCCUUCUCCUAUGUAUAAUUUGCUAAAUUCGUUGCAUCCAAGUACACUAUCGAGAAUUGAGUAUUUAAGUAAUUAA